CGUUAAACACAGACGGCAAGUCUGUCAUAAAGGUGGAAAUGUAUAAACAACGAACACUGGGACCCAAUUAAAGUCCUGUUGAAGAGCAGCACUGCUUUCCAGAAUGGAAAAUCUUGCACGCAUGGUACAUGACAAAUCAAGCAGGCCUUGGGACUGCGUUUUCCUCCAGCCUUACCUUGUUUGGGACUUCACUGGAAGCUCGUUUUGCUGGCGACAGGCCAGUCUUUCCAUAUGGGGAUGGGGAGGCCUUGGUGUAGUGCUUUUUCUUAUCACAUUUGGGCCUUUUGCAAUAUUUUAUUUUGCGUUUUAUAUCCUCUGCUUUGUUGGUGGAGGUUUUGUAGUUACUCUUUUAUUUGGAAAAACAAGCUCGGAAAAAUAUCUUGAGAAGUGUGAACACUCUUUUCUUCCUGUUACACCAACUGGUAUAGCUAAGACAUUGGAAGAGCUGAGACAGGAGGCAAAGCCGAUAAAGAUUGAUCGAAGACUGACAGGCUCCAAUAUCAUUGAUGAACCACUACAACAGGUAAUCCAGUUUGCCCUGAGAGACUAUAUUCAAUACUGGUAUUACACGCUCAGUGAUGAUGAAUCUUUUCAUCUUGAAAUCAGACAAACUGUACAAAACGCACUGGUCCAGUUUUCCACCAGGUCAAAAGAUGUGGACUGGCAGCCUUAUUUCACAACAAGAUUAGUGGAUGACUUUGCAACCCAUCUUAAGGUUUUCAGAAAAGCUCAAGAAAGGCUGACAGAAAAAGAGGAUCAAAAACAACAUAAGGGAGAUGCACCCGAAGAGCUUAUCGACUCCUUCUUUGAAGCUGAAGUAGAAAUGGAGAGGAAGAUCUGUCGAGACCUCGUGUGCACAUCGCCAAAAGAUGAAGAAGGGUUUUUACGAGACCUGUGUGAAGUUCUGCUGUACCUAUUGCUACCUCCUGGAGACUUCCAUAAUAAGAACAUGAGAUACUUUGUGAGGAUCCAUGAUUCAAGCUGCAAUUAUGAAGCCUUUAUGAAUGUUCUCAAACUAACUGACAGAGUGGCAGAGCUGGAAGCUGUGAAAGACAAGACUAUGGAGGGGCUGCAGUUCCUUCGCUCCUUAGACACUGCUGGAGAUGACAUUAAUAUAAUUAAGAACCAGAUUAACAGUCUGCUAUUUGUGAAAAAAGUUUGUGAGACCAGAAUACAGAGGCUGCAUUCUGGAAAGGAAUUAGACACUUUUAAACUUGCUGCAAACUUUGGGAAACUCUGCAUAAUUCCUCUGGAGCAUAUCUUAGUGCACAACAUUGCACUUCAGUUCUUCAUGGAUUACAUGCAGCAGACGGGCGGGCAGGCGGACCUGUUCUUCUGGCUGACGGUGGAGGGGUACCGGGUCACGGCCCAGCAGCAGCUGGAGGUCCUGCAGAGCUGGCAGAAGGAUGGGAAGAGGCAGACCAGCCAAACCAAGGGCUUGCUGAAGGCGGCCGCGCUCGGCGUGUACGACCAGUACCUGUCCGACAAGAGAGCAGUUGUCCGUAUUCACCCGAAACCGCUCGUGCUUGUGCUGCUAUCCCCUCUUAUUGCCGCCCCCCCCGUUUGUCGUGAUGUACAGGUCUACGACAUGAUGCUGCGGGACGAGCGGUUCUACCCCUCCUUCAAGCAGCACCCCCUGUAUGUGCGGAUGCUGGCAGAGCUCGACAUGCUGAAAGAGCCCAGCUUCAAAGGGUCCGAAGAUGGAGAUGGGGAAUCAUUUAAUGGAUCUCCAACAGGAAGUAUAAAUUUGUCUCUGGAUGACCUCUCCAAUGCAAGCUCAGAUGAAUCAAUGCAAUUUCAUGCCUACAUUUCUGACACUGGCGUGUGCAACGACCACGGGAAGACGUACGCGCUGUACGCCAUCGCCGUGUUUCGCAGGAAUUCCGAUGGGAGCGAGGACACCUGGAAAACCUACCGGCGGUACAGCGACUUCCAUGACUUUCACAUGCGCAUUACAGAGCAGUUUGAAAACCUUACCAGUAUUUUAAAACUCCCGGGGAAAAAGACCUUCAACAACAUGGACAGGGAUUUCUUGGAGAAAAGGAAAAAAGACCUGAAUGCCUACCUGCAGCUGCUGUUGAAUCCAGAGAUGAUGAAAGCCUGUCCUUCUCUUGCAAUGUAUGUGUCUGACUUUCUGGAUAACAAAGCCUACAGUAAAGGAAAGGGAGACUUUGCACGCAAGAUGGACACUUUUGUGAACCCUCUGCGCAGUUCUAUGAGAAAUGUCUCCAAUGCAGUCAAGGCCAUCCCUGACAGUCUGGCAGAGGGAAUGACAAAAAUGUCCGACAACGUGGGAAAAAUGUCCGAAAGGCUGGGGCAAGACAUAAAACACUCCAUUUUCAAGGUUCCACCUUUGAUACAGAAGUCGGAUAUUGACCCCGAGCACUGUCGGGUCUCUGCACAGCUGGAUGACAAUGUGGAUGACAACAUUCCUCUCCGUGUCAUGCUGCUCCUGAUGGAUGAGGUCUUUGAUCUGAAAGAGAGAAACCAGUGGUUGCGGAGAAAUAUUAAGAACUUGCUCCAGCAACUAAUUCGUGCAACCUACGGGGAUACAAUCAACAGAAAAAUUGUCGACCAUGUGGACUUCAUGACCUCUCCGGAGCAAGUGGCGGACUACGUCAAGCGCUUCAGAGAUGCCUUCUGGCCCAACGGUAUUUUAGCGGAAACUCCCCCCCGCAGGGAUAAGGCAAUCCGGAUGAGAACCAGAAUAGCUGCCAAGACCUGUCUCCUAGGAAUCAUGCCAGACGAGAUGAAGCACAUCAUUGGUGCCGAGACCACUAGGAAGGGCAUACUGCGGGUCUUUGAUAUGUUCCAGCACAAUCAGCUGAACAGGAGGCUGGUGUACGUUUUCCUGGAGGGAUUCCUCGAGACCAUGUUUCCGCAGUACAAGUUUCCCGAGCUCUUUAUCAAGCUGCACUCCCGGUCGGAGCGGAUGCAGAGGUACAGCCAGAAGUUGAAGACUACCCAGGUCCCCUCCUUGCAAAAAAGGUGACGAAGCAAAAUCAUCGCAAGGCUUGUGCCCUGCAGACACUGCAAUGUCCGCAUCCAGAGCAGGUGAACAGUUGGGACACGCUUUGGGAGAGUUCAGGAAACGAGUUCAGGAGAUCGGCGGUGAAGGUACCCAUGGACAGCGAUGUGCUCAAGACGUGUCAGUUCACCCCAGCUUCAUUCUUACACAAGCACUGUUCGGAUAACGUCGUAGCAUAGAUAAUUUAUUUUAUCGUUAUGCAAUAUUCUGAAGCACCAGGUCUUCACCAAUCGAAGAACUGUAAAUCUGUAGGACACUUCAGAGCUACUGAUAUCAAUUGUAAAUGCUAAUAUUAGUGAAGAUAUCUCUGAAGGAGACAAAUGAUAUCCCUGUGGAAAAUUCCUCAGACACCCCACAGAGACAAGCUACAGAGCAGCUCAGGGGAAAGCACAAACACGUUUUAUGUUGAAGAUUAAGUGGAGGGAAAAUAAUUUAAUUCAUGUGUAAUAUCCAAUAACUUAGAAACAUGUAGGUGAACGUUCUGAGAUAAUGUGAACUGGAGAAUGGUAUAUUUUAAACUAAAUUGGGCUAUUGGGCUGUUUGUGGCCCACAUUUUGACAGGAAGAAAUUUCAGUGGUACAGUACAGUAUUUCCACUGCUUCAAAGUUGUCCAUUUAAUUAAAUUAAAUAAAGUAGAUUCCUCUAAAGAUCUGUCCUUUAUUCCUUAUCUGGUUGCUUUUCACAGGGAUAACUCAAGAUGUUUUUUUUUUAAAGGGAUUGUAAUUUGUACAAAGAAUACUGUCAUUACAAAGGCAGAGUUUGCUUUUAAGUGCAUUGUAUGUUUUGUCCUGUGUUUUAACUCUGUGCACACAAAACACAAGAAUUAAUAAUAACCAAAUAAAAACAGGGCAAUGAAGAGAAACUGCUGGAAUUUUAGACUUUUCCUCAGUGGCCCAUUUGAGAAGGAGAGAGGAAGAGUUAGAGAUAAGUACCUUUAAAUGUUCCUUUGACAUUGCUGAUUUUUCACUGAGCAUUAAUAUGACAACCAAAGCAAACUCACCUGCUACUGAGUAUUUACGAUCCUGUGGUAAUGUAGGAAAAAAGCAGGCUUAGAAGCGCUUAUCACAAAGCAAGCUGAAUCACAUCCUUUUCCAGAGAUGACUGUGAAAGCAUUUGAAUGUUUGUAAUGGACAAAGGAGAGGAAAGGAUACUACAGUUUUUAUAAGCAUAUUGAGAUAUGCCUUGUAGAAUGUACUUAUUUCUGAUGUAAAAUGUCCCUUUGUAUCAGUUUUGAGCCCUGCUAAAUCAUUUCUGCACCUUCAGAUGCACCACGAAAGGCACUAUAUAAACGUUAUAUUUAAUAUAUUAGCCUUCGAGAUGUGAUUGUAGGAUGUAAGAUGUGUUCAGCGCUUAAACCAGGGAGUGCUCUUAGGUCAGAUAACUGUGCCACUGUAUAAUUAAGAUAGAUUCAGCCUUAAUCUUUUCAGUCAGAGCAGAAGAAAUUAAACAGAGAUGGCACCCCUGAGAAACCCCUACAUUUUUUUUGAAAGUGUAAAAAUUGUAAUACCUGUUAUUUGAAAAAUAUUCAGUUCUUGGCCUAGGUUCUUUAUAGAAUAUGUAAUUUUGUGCAAUAUGUUCCUUUAAUGCAUGUGUAUUUAAAUUGUAUUUUGAGAAUUUCAAUGUUUUAAAAUGAAAAACAAAAAUGGUCUUCUGGAGCCAACGACUUACAUUCCGUUGUCAUAAACUUUUAUUUAAGGACUUGUUUUAUAAGUCUUGAUAUUUACUCCUUGUAACACUCACAUAUUAGCGAUGGACUUUGUUCAUCUGAGCAUGGCUUAUGUACAACAGGGGGAGUCUGAAGAGCACAUGGCAAAAUAUUGACGCAUUAUCAAAAUGUCAACAUAUACGAAUCGAUACAUGAGAGAGUUGGAAAAUGAGAGGAGGCCCUCUGGCCUGUUUAGCUCAUUAUUGUCAAUUGUCAUUAUGUCUUGAAAAGUCCUGCAUCAAGGGUGUUUCAGUUACUGUAGUUUACUGGACUAGGUGUAAUUAAUUAAAUCAGGCAGUGGCCCCCUCUGCUAAGGUCAUACAUGCAUUCACAGCCUAAGUCACUUCAUGCACUCCGAUUUAACGGCAGGCAGCCAUAGGUCAUCAAGUCCCCUAUGAUGCAGGAUUUUUUUAUCCUCUGUGUGUGUAUAUAUAUAAAUCUAUUAUAAUGAAUUGUGCAUAUCAUUGUACAGUAUGUGUCAACAGUGUGCCUAAUUGUACUGUCAAUUCUAUUUUCUUAUUUUUCUUUAAAGAACAAAAGUCAAUCAGAAUGUCAUGGUCAUUUUUAAUAGACGGAAAAGAACUCUAAAAAUUUAGAGUGUUUCCAUUAUGCUAAUAAAAUGUUCAUUAGAGCAGCUGAAUACAAUAUUACACUAAUAAAAUGUUAACUCAAACUUA